GCUCCUUGCUCACCUCCACGGCUGGGCUGGGCUGGGCUGGGCUGGGCUGGGCUGGGCUGGGCUGGAUGGGGGAAUGGGCAAAUGGCCAGGGGACUUUGUAAGCCAAAGCAAGAGAUGGAAGCCCCGUGGGGCCAGGCGCGGUUCUGCCAGUGGGGCUGGCUCGGGGGGGCUCGGGGCUCUCUGUGGUGGCUCUGGGGCUUUGUCCGUUUGGCCAAGAGACCCCCCGGGAUCUCCCGAGGAGGAGUUGGCGCUGAGUGUGGGGAGGAUGCCCAGAAGCCCCUGAGCAGGGGGGUGGGGAUGAAGGGCGGGGCUUGUGGGCCGGCUGAUGCGUCUCUGGUGGCUGUGACAUCACAGCGGACAGGUCACAAUGGGAGCUGUCCCUAAGGAGCACAGCAGGCAGCCCCAGGGCACUUGGACUUGGGCGAUCAGCCAUGGAUUCAGCAACUGUGCUCCUCCUGGCUGUGCUGGCCAUCCUGCCCAAGCGGACACAGGAUCCCCAGAGCGAUGCGGUCGCUGUGCAGUGGAUGAAGAAACGGCAGAUUUUUCUAGAGGACCAGAUGACGGAGCUGUGGGAGGAAGUCGAGUGGAGGAGGGCCCUGGACGAUGUUCCACUCCUUUGGGUCUUGCAGCACUGGCUCUUCUGGCUGGCUGCAGCAGCUGUGCUCGGCUGGCUGGCCUGGCAAAGGGAGGAGGCCUCUCGCCGGCGCCGUGAGCAAGAAGAGCUCAGCGCAGCAGCCGCUGCUGGCGGGCCUUUUGCAGCGCUCAGCCUGUCACCGCUGCAGGACCUGCCCUUCAUGGGCCGGACCCUGAAGAAGCUGCUGCGGGACCUCCUGGAGGUGUGCCAAGUGCUCUCCCAGAACACCUUCAUGCCAGAGCUGCACCCAGCCACUGGGCAGCAGGGCACCAUCGAGUCCUGGCAUGAGCUGGGGGACUGCACCGUCUACCAGCUGGUGCUCUUCCUCAGGCCACCCCCCUGGCACUCUUUCCGGCUGCAGCUGCCCGACGCCACGGACGUGCCACGCUCCAUCCGUGUGCUGCUGGAGUGUUCGUGUUCCAGGACGGCGGGGAACAUCUUCUGCUUUGUCCACCCCACGUACAACCAUCAGCACUCGCCCCUCGUGCGCACCCUCUGCACAGACUCCCACUUGGAGGUGCAGAAAGUCGCCGGCUGGCUGCCCAGACUGGUGGAAUCGGCCUGGGAGCGUUUGCCUCAGUGGCACGACUGGCAGCUCCGGCUGCUGCCCUCCUCCCGCUCCUGCAGGCUCCUGCUGACCGGCCCCGGCCAGGUGCGGCUCUGCGCUGUGCUGCUCUUGGCACUGCAGCAGGGCCGCCCAGGCACCUUCCUGGUCCUGGAAUAGGCACUCCCAGCUUUCCCGGGGGCUGCUUUGGGCCGGGGCUGCGCGGCGACUUGGGAGCACACCCGGUCGGCACAGCACAACAGACCCUUGUGCCGACUGGACUGAAGAGCAGCAGUCCUGGCUCUGUCUACUCCUAACUCCCCAUGUGCCCUGGUGUGCUUUAAGCCCAGCUGCAAAUGGAGCACCAGCAGCCACUCCCUCAACUGCCUUCCCUUCCCCGCCACCCCGGUGGAAUGGGGACGAGAAUCCAAAUUCCACCUUUAGAGAAGUUGACAAAGAUUAACUGUAGGGCUACCCUCUAGGUUAGGUUUAGGAUUAAGUUUAAUAAGUAAGUUAAGUAAGUUUAGUUCCUAAGUAGAAUAAUAAGAAUAGUAAGAAUAAUAACUAGUUUAAUAAUAGAUCAGUUUAAUAAUAAUUUAGUUUUAGAAAACUCUAAAUGGAAAGUUAGAUAACGUUAACCCCCAACUCCCCAUGUCCCCUGUCCUGCUUUAAUCCCAGCUGGAAAUGAAGCCCCAGCAGCCACCCCCUCAAGCCCCUUCCCUUCCCCGCCACUCUAGUUUCAUAAUAGCUUUCAUUAUAACUUUAGUUAAGUUUAAUAAUUAUAAGUGAAAAAUAGAUAAGUUUAGGACUAACAAUUUAGUUUUAAAAAACUCAAACCCAAAACUUUUAUAAAGGUUUCCAGCAAAAAGCAGAAUUCAGUAACAGCGGCGAGGAAAAAGCCCAGACAAGUGAUGCCCCAUAGAGCGGCUCACCCACAGCUGAGCCAUGCCACACCCCCCUUGCGGAACCCAGAGGGGCCCCCCUUCCAGCUCCCUCGCCCAGUUCCUAAGCUGGACAUGACCUUGGGUGGUGUGCACCAGAAAGACGGAACCUAACAGUGUGCAAAGGCCCAUGGGAAAGCACCUAGGAAAGGGAGAAACCUGGAAGAGUGUGAGAGAAAGGUCCCAGUCCUUCUGGCUCGACCUUCAAGCAUUCAGCCAGC